AUGAACAGCUGCCUGUGUAUUUCAUUUGAAGCAUGUCUGGCCAUGCCGAAGCAAAUCCACAAGAUUAAGGAUUUCCUUCUAACUGCAAGAAGGAAGUAUGCACGCUCUGUCAAAAUCAAGAGGAGCAAAGAUGCUGUCAAGUUUAAGGUUCGAUGCUCCAAUUACCUUUACACUCUUUGCAUGUUUGAUUCGGAGAAGGCCGACAAGUUGAAGCAAUCCCUUCCUCUAGAGAGGAGUUCAAGUUUGAGAAAGACCAAGUCACAGAUUUUCACAAACAGAUCUGCUUGUAAAUUGAAAUUGGGGGACCUGAAAGGAGCACUGUUAGACACCGACUUUGCAAUGAGGGAUAGAGAAGAUAAUGUUAAGGCUUUGUUUCACCAAGGUCAGGCAUACAUGGCGCUUGAUGAUAUUGAUGCUGCAGUUGAAAGCUUCAAAAAGGCAUUGGAUCUGGAGCCAACUGAUUGUUUGUCUCUCACUGAAAAGGCCCGUCCUUAUAUCCAAGGGCCUUUGCGAUUGCAACUAUGGUGUUUGUGCCUAAUAAAUCACGGUCAUAAGCUGAUUGAGGGGACUUCCUUUCGGCCCUGGCGCAUACCGUUUCGUCGAGCUUUUUGUCUUCCUGAAACAAAAGGAAAAUUGCAAAGGCAGAAUCCUAUCGGCCUCGCGACCGCAGUGAUGAAGGCCAAAGCCGAAGACCGUAGAAGGCACGGCCGAAGAAGCUGUGGUUAA